AUGUCAUGUCGUCCAGUGUUCGACCUCGAAGCAGUCCGUGCAAUGAAGAGAAUACUACUCUCUGACAUCCCUCGAUUCAGUUCCGUAGGCAUCCUGGUAGCCCCGUUAAUCAGUAACGAUGCCUACGUUUUGGCCAGGAAAUCGAGGGAGAAUAUCAUCCUCACCCAUGAGGCAGACUUUGUCGAGAACGUGGAGAUGUAUCAACCUCGAACUAUGGCGGCAUUUAAUCAGGGGUUUACGCAAGGCCAUGAAUAUGGCUUGCACAGGGCCGUACUCGAGGGGCUCGGGCGUUUGUGA